AUGUUGGAAACGGUGAAGCUUGUGACCAAACGUGAUGGGUCUGUGGAACCGUAUGAUGAAAAAGUCGUGCGCAGCCGCAUCGUCAACCUUAUGUCCGGGAUUGAUUCUUAUUAUGUUGAUGUUGAUGACCUUGUUCGUGUAGUGGGGGAGGGGGUGCGGGAAGGUAUGAGCACCUCAAUGUUGGAUGAACUGCUGGCUGAAACUGCUGCUUAUUGCGUAACAAAGCAUCCCGAUUACGGUCUGCUGGCUGGCCGGUUGGCUGUAACAGCUUUGCACAAGACGACGACAGAAAGUGUACUGGAUUCUUUUAGGGUGCUACACGAACAUGUUUCGCAGGCAACGAGGCGGCAUGCUCCCCUUAUAUCAGAAGAAUUGUGGGAUAUCGCAAAUAAGCACUCUGCGGCGUUGCAGCAAAUCAUUAAUUACGAGCGGGAUUUUGAUUUUGAGUAUUUCGGGUACAAGACACUUGAGCGUUCUUACCUCCUUCGUGUCGAUAAGGGGCGGGGAGUUAUGGAAGUGGUGGAGCGUCCACAACAGAUGUUCCUGCGUGUUGCCCUCGGUAUCCAUGGAGAGGACUUGGAACGUGUGAAGGAGACAUAUGACUACAUGUCGCAAGGGUUUUUUACCCACGCUACUCCAACGUUAUUCAAUGCGGGGACCCCAUUCCCACAAAUGAGUUCAUGCUUUCUUGUAGCUAUGCGUGAAGACAGUAUUGAUGGCAUCUACGACACACUCAAACAGUGUGCGAUCAUCAGCAAAUCAGCUGGUGGGAUCGGGAUCCACAUGCACAACAUUCGCGCAGCGGGGAGCUACAUCGCCGGGACAAAUGGUACGUCGAAUGGUCUGGUCCCCAUGCUUCGUGUGUGGAAUAACACUGCUCGCUAUGUUGACCAGGGCGGUGGCAAGCGCAAGGGCGCCUUUGCUAUUUAUUUGGAGCCCUGGCACGCGGAUAUCUUUGGUUUCCUCCUUCUGAAGAAAAAUACGGGCAAGGAGGAUCAGCGUGCGCGGGACUUGUUUUACGGUCUGUGGAUUCCUGACCUGUUUAUGGAACGAGUUGAGAGUCAUGGGACUUGGACGCUUAUGGACCCCAACACAGCCCCCUUUUUGAGUGACUGUUAUGGCCAAGAGUUUACUGAUUUAUAUGAGCGAUAUGAAAGGGAAGGUCGUGGCGUAAGAACUAUUCAGGCCCAGGAACUGUGGUUCCUUAUCCUUGAGUCUCAGGUGGAAACGGGGGUUCCUUUUAUGCUUUACAAGGAUGCAUGUAAUUUCAAGUCUAAUCAGAAAAAUCUCGGCACGAUAAAAUGCUCAAAUUUGUGCACGGAAAUUGUCGAGUACACUUCGAGGGACGAGGUGGCCGUAUGCAACCUAGCCUCUAUUGCCCUUCCGCGUUUUGUGAAGGAUGGCGCAUUUGACUACGUUGCAUUGAAGGAGGUGACAAAGGUUGUGACCAGAAAUCUUAACCGGGUGAUUGAUCGCAACCACUAUCCAGUGCGUGAGGCCCGAUACAGUAAUUUGAGGCAUCGCCCUGUGGGUAUCGGUGUCCAGGGACUGGCGGAUACGUUUGCACUGCUUUCCCUGCCAUUCGCACACCCCGAGGCAAAGAAGUUGAAUAGACAAAUCUUCGAGACCAUUUACUUUGCAGCUGUGGAAGCAAGUACGGAAUUGGCUGAAAAGGACGGGCCCUAUGAAACGUUUAAAGGAAGCCCUGCUUCGGAAGGGAAACUGCAGUUUGAUCUGUGGGAUGAGGAGCGUAGGAUAAGAGGUAUGAACGAGGACUCUGUGCAUUCACACUGCGGACUCUGGGACUGGGAUAGCCUCAAGGAGCGUGUGGUCAAGGUUGGUAUGCGUAACUCGCUGUUAGUUGCGCCCAUGCCAACGGCAUCUACGUCGCAGAUCCUUGGUAACAAUGAGUGCAUCGAACCCUUUACUUCCAAUAUCUACGUGCGCCGGGUCUUAAGCGGGGAGUUUCCAGUUGUAAACAAACACCUUGUAAAGGAGCUCAUUCGGCUUCAAUUGUGGAACGAUGAUAUGCGAAGAAAGAUUAUCGCAUUAAAUGGCUCUGUUAGCGGCAUCAAGGAGAUACCGGAACGGAUCAGAGAGCUUUACAAGGUCGUAUGGGAGAUCCGACAGAAGGAUUUGAUUGACAUGGCAGCCGACCGGGGGAGGUAUAUCGAUCAGAGCCAGAGCCUAAAUCUCUUUCUGGGAACACCCACCUCCAGUCAACUCACUUCUAUGCAUUUCUAUUCGUGGAAGAAAGGCCUUAAGACCGGUAUGUAUUACUUACGCUCUCAACCUGCCGCUGAUGCCAUCAAAUUUACACUCGACCCCAAGGCAAUGAAAGAACUGCCGAAGCCGGAUAAGCAAAGUAAAGAGGAAGUACACGGAAGUGUGGGCCGAGGAAAAAGGAAGCGGGCUGGGGAGAAGCCGACGGCGAACCAUUCAAAUGCUGGAGCUCCUAAUCUCAACGGACCCCCAGACACAGACGGUGAUGGGGGAUGCCUGAAUUGUGGUUCGUAG